GAGACAGAGGAGAAGAUAAACGAUGGAAUUGUCGAGUUAUUGGACUCCUCUGCAAAUCAAACAUUGAUAAUGAACUACAAGGAAGAGAGGGAGAAAAUUCGGCUGGCCAAGCACGACGACUUCUGCUACUGCUGUAGCCCCACUAAAAUUAAAGUCAAGCUCUC